AUGAGCGCCCCCCAGGCCAACAGGGGGAAACGGCGAGGCGUCGCCGCCACCGCAACGGGCGGCCGCAGCCGCCAGGGAUGGAAGGGGCAUGGCGCGGCCACGACGCGGCCAGGCAGGGGCAGCGGAGACGGCAAGCGGCGCGUGCUGGGUGUCGACCCAACCUGUGUGGGCGAGGCGCCCGGGCGGUGGCCGCUGCGACCGACGACGGGCAGGGCUAGCGGGGGCGGUCGGGCGUGGACGGCGCUGAGCAGUAGCGGGGCCACCGCGGGAUGGAAACGGGGCGGCGGUGCGAGGAGUCGACGAGCGCAGGUGGAGGUGGCCGCGGACGACUGUGGCGGGGCGGCGGGGCUCGCGCAGGCGCAGGGGUGGCGCAAGGCGACGGGCGCGCACGGCGGGGCGACCGGUGGAGUGCGUGUGUGCUGUGGACGGCGCCGGCGACAGAGGGGAAGGAAGGGAGCUCACGGGGGGGACUGUAGGGUUCGGGGCAGCGGGGCAUGA